AUGCAGACGGCCAAGUGGGAAAACACCAUCAAGGCUUUGAGCGGCAAGUACGGCCCAAAGCUGGUGGAAUUCGUCUUUUGCUGCAUCGCCGCCUCCCGAGAUGGCCUGACACUGGACGAGUUGGAAGACUUGUGUAGCUUGAAUGAGGAAGUGUUGAACGAGCAGUAUGAGCGACAGAACCUCGUGCCCCAGAUCAGACGAAUCCCCCAGACGGCAUGGACUGCGCUCCGUGACGACCUGAUGGCACACAUCUCUGCGCAGUAUCCGCCAGUGAGCGAGGUGCUGUCGUUUACGCAGGAGGAUAUGCUGAUGUACGUGCAAACCGAGUACCUUUCAAACCUGGAGCUCUUUGUCGACGUGCACACCAUCCUCGGCCAGUACUUCAGCGGCAAGUGGUCAGGUGACACAGCAAAGCCGUACGAGAACUCAGCCACACUGCAAGACCGCUUUUUCGCUCCCAAAGCUGCGUGCCAGUGGGACGACGUGGUUGAGAGCUGCUUCUCCAACUUUGAGUACAUGCGCAUGCGCAUCAUCGCCACCUCUCUCGACGAAGUCCUUGAAGACUUGGACGCGCUCCCAGAGCGUGUGUCUUCGCCCUUGGCUGGCGUGUUUGGCGCCAUUCAAGAAGCCAAGUUCGUCCUCGAAGCAGACCCUUACCAGCUCAUUUCCCAGGUUGCUGCCCGUCUCCUGCCACCGCUCAAGACCCCAGCACCUGUCAGAGGGUUCCUGUCUGUGAUCCUUGAGGGCGCUCGGCUCCGCGGCACCCUGCGUGACGCAGCACUCCUCCCUGUACAUGCGUGCAUUCCAAGCACACACGGCGCUUCGCUCGCAGACCUGCAGACACACAACUUUGCCGUGCGCGGCAUCGGGGCUGCUGGGCAUGAGGAUAUGUACGUGACUGUUUCUGACGAUAAGCGCACAAAAGUCUGGCGGCUCGGUAACCCAACGCCUAUUCAUGAUGUCGACAUUCUCGCAGACUGGGGCAGGGCCGCUGCAAUGUCGCCGACGGGGGAGUUUGUGGCGAUUGCCGGCUACGACGAGCGAAUUGUUGGCAUCAACCUGGCAACUGGCCAGACCACGUUUUCCCUCAAGGGCCACACGUCGUUUGUGAAUGCGCUCGCUGUCUUCUCCGAGGGAAAACUGCUCGUCUCCGCCAGCGACGAUUCUCUUGCGCUGGUGUGGGACCUGGUGCGCGGGGUUGAGCUGACCCGCCUCUCCGGCCACGAUGGCGGUGUGCUCAGCGUCGCUGUUGUUGGCGCGCGCCGCGUUGCAACCGCUGGGGCAGACGGCAAGCUGCGGCUGUGGGACAUUGACACUGGGGCGUGCUCCAAUGUUCUUCACGGCCACACAGGCGCUGUCCUCGCUGUUGCAGCAACAUCUCGCUUCUCACACAUCAUCUCCGGCGGAGAAGACAACAGCGUACGCAUUUGGCCGAUGCCUGGCAAGUCCACAGGCGACAUCAAGGAUGCGGAAGUCGUCUUCUCUGCACACUCUGCCGCCGUCACCGCCGUCUCACACACGCACACGGGCUCUGGGCUCAUUCUCUCCGGAUCAAAGGACCACACGAUUCGGCUGUGGAACUUUAUCAAGCGCACGCCCGUGUGUGUGUUCAAGUGCGCGAGCCCCAUCCUGUGCCUGUCUGUGAUUGCCAACUCGACUGUCGUCGUGUUUGGCACCGAGGCCGGAAUUACAGGGCAGCUGGAGCUCCAUCGAACGACGGAGAGUUUGCGGAACCGGGCGACGUUCCUGCCUGAUGACAGCGAAGACACUGCUGACAACGACAGAAGUGGGCAGCAGACAGCAGCAAACACAGGUGGGGUGGCCGAUCGACCGCCUCUCAGGAAGACGUCGUCCGCCAUUUCUGAUGACGCGUACGGGUUCGCGCGCUCCGCCCUUGCGUCUGUGAGCGAUGAUCUUGACAGCAGCAAGGACGCCCCAGCAUCUCCAUCGAGAACCAGGUCGCGGCCACAGUCGAUGGAGGCUGGGAUUGCGUUUUCGCAACUGCGGCAGAUGGCGAAGAACGAGAGCGACUUCAAGAAAGGGGACUACACUGACGCGUCGGAUGUGGAGAAGCAAGCACUUGAGCGGCAAAGCUCUUUCGAACAGAGGGUUCUGCACGAAGAGAACGAGGAAGACGAAGCGAAACCAAACGCAGCAACAGCUGCAAAGACGCCACAAUUGAAGGACGUUGAGCAGCCGGAGGGAUUUGCAGUCGAGGUCGCAGCGGCAGAGAACGGAAACGGGCAUGCGUUUGAGCCGAAAACGCUGAGCCGCCCCCGCGAAUUCCUCUCGUCCCGCAAGUUUGACGCCCUCGAAGCAACCAACCUCUCCGUCGAGGCAAAGCAGGCUGCGUUUGAGGCGCUGGUGCUUGGAGAGAACCCGGAAGUGCUGAACAUGGAGAUGGAGCAGCGGCAGCGGCGGCCAACAGCCCCGCUCGAACGGCUGCAGAUGGAGGAGGAGGCAAAGAGCAAGGGGUGCUGCACCCUGCUUUGA